UUGGCCAACGUCGCAGUCACAAUACAGCCUGAAAAAUCUUUGUUCUGUCGCAGACUUGCAAGUGUCUUAUAAGCCAUUUCGCUCGCCAGGAUGUCGGUGAACGAGGAGCGCACUGUGACCAUACAGGACAUACUGGAAGACGAGGAGCUGCAAGAGGCUUAUGCAGUGUUGGCUGGAAGUGAUCCAGAUAAUUGUUCCUAUCCCCAGGGAUACUUGAAGAGACAGGCUGUUUUUUCCUGCAACACUUGCACACCCAGAGGGGUAGAACCUGCUGGGCUCUGCCUUGCCUGCACCAACCAUUGCCAUGAUGGGCAUGACAUAUUUGAGCUCUACACAAAAAGGAAUUUCCGCUGUGAUUGUGGAAACAGCAAGUUUGGCGAGUUUAAGUGCCAGCUAAGUCCUGGCAAAGACCAACAAAACACUAAAAACCAUUACAAUCACAACUUCCAUGGCUGUUACUGUACCUGUGACAGACCUUACCCAGACACUGACGAUCAGGUUAAUGAGGAUAUGAUUCAGUGCAUCAUCUGUGAGGACUGGUAUCAUCCCAGGCACCUGGGUUGUACGGUGGAAGACUCGGAGGAACUGCAGGAGAUGGUGUGUGAGACCUGCAUGAACAAAGCCCCCUUCCUCUGGACAUACGCCGCCCACUUCGCAGAACCUCCCGUGGUCAAAGUGAGCCCCUGUAAAGAGGAGGUUGAAGUGAACGUGGAGGAAGAUAAGGAGCCAGAGGAGAAGAGGGAUGAGCCCUGUAAGAACGGGGGCGAGGGGUCCUCCACCAGCCCCAGCUGUCAGAAACAGGAGAAGAAGCAGGCUAUAAAUGGGAGGACUGCCUGCAAACGGACUCACCAGGAGAUGACAGGCCUUCCUGUGAAGAGCCAGGCCAAGACUGUGUACUGCAGGCUGAGGGAGCUGAAGACCCAGGGCCUGGAGAGAGCUAGGGAAGGGGCUGUGUUCUGGCCUUACCACUGGAGAGCCAAGCUGUGCACCUGCGUCAGCUGCAAGAGGGCCUACGUCGAUGCGGGAGUGCAGUUCCUGCUGGAUGAGUCAGACACUGUCCUGGCCUACGAGAACAGAGGCACUAUAGAGCAAGGAACUGCUAGUCUCGACAGUCUACUCAUGUCAGGCCUGAGUACUCUGGACCGUGUGCAGCAACUGGAGAUAGUUUACCAGUUCAAUGAGAUGCAGACUGAACUGAUGGCGUUCCUACGGCAGAUUGCUGAUGAAGGAAAGGUUGUCACAGCAGAGGCCAUCCACCAGUUCUUUGGGGAGCUGAUGUCCAGGAAGAGGCGGCAGAUGAACAGCUGAUGUCAUUCUGCCCCUCAGUGUCCUGUUGUCUACUUGUUUUUUAAUGUUACUUUGGGGUCAUAGCAAAACAAUUCUAUGUCCCUCAAACAUCUUCUGCUUUAAAUAAAAGUGCUGCUAUAAAAUAUGCUGUUACUGAGGUUUGAAGUUGAACAAUUUGCUAAAAGGUUGUUCUCGAAUGGGUCUCCAUGGAUUUCAAAUGGUGUUCCUUGUCUUGUGAGAAGCUGAACGACCGUGCAAGUUAGCAUGCUGUCAGCGGGCUUGGAGAGUAGCUGAUGGAAUUUAGUCAUUUUAAUCAUGGACUUAGACUUAAUGUACCUAAUAACAAAGUUUUCAUUAGACUUUCAUAAUGUGACACCCGAUGAGGAUGCACUGCCAUUCAUAUUGAAACGUAACCAUUUGAUGGUGUCACUGGUAUUCCUGAAAAUUAAACAUUUUGGAAUAGUU